AUGACAUCCUACACAAAUGGCGUCCUCGAAACUCCGGCGGAAUCUGCGGACGGGAUUGAGAUAAACUACGACCCAAGACCGAGAGUCCGAAUUACGAACAUUGCGAUCAUCGACGCAGUGUCAGUGCCUGGCAGACAUACACGCUCCUUAGAUCAAGACCAACCUCCUGGUGCUAUCUACCAUGAUCUUCUCUUGGCUAAUACCCCGCAUAAUCAAUCCCUCUCUGCAGCAAUUCAAAAGAUUCGAGACGCUCUGGACCGAGAACUGGAUAUGAUGAAAACUACGAACGACACAAGCGAGCAUUAUUGGAUGGAAAUGAUCUAUCGCCACUUUUUAGGCUCCUUUAGAAUUCAUCAUGUUGGAGGGAGUGUUCUUCCUGAGGCUGAAGAUACAGGCUCUAUUGAAGCCACUCUGGGGGGGAUCUCCAUUCAGCAUAGGGGUUUUCUUCUUACAUUCAGAUCUUAUGACGAGAGGUUUUCUCUUUUAGCUGCUGUUACAGUUGAAGAUAUCCAGCACCUUCACCGACGUGGGGUUAUCUUCUUGAGGAACCAUGGGGAAAUAUCUGGAUCCAGUGGAAACAUCAGUAUGUUAUUAGAAAGCAAUGGUACAAGAGCUCCACUAACAGCCUAA